UGGCGCCGUUGCCGCAGUGACAGUACGGGGGAGUGGGAAGAUGGCGGCGUCGCGUCGCUCUCAGCAUCAUCACCACCAUCAUCAGCAACAGCUCCAGCCUGCCCCGGGGGCUUCGGCUCCGCCACCGCCACCUCCCCCGCCGCUCAGCCCCGGCUUGACCCCAGGACCCACUCCUGCCUCGCCCACGGCCGGCGGCCUGGCGCCCUUCGCCUCCCCACGGCACGGCCUGGCACUGCCGGAGGGGGAUGGCAGCCGGGACCCGCCCGACAGGCCGCGAUCUCCCGACCCGGUGGACGGCGCCGUCUGCACGGUGGCUGCUACGGCCGCUGUCCCGGCAGCUUCCGCCGCCGUCGGGGUCGCUCCCAGCCCAGCUGGCGGCGGCGGUAACAACUCCGCGUCGUCCACUUCUUCCCCGACUUCGUCUUCGUCUUCCUCCCCGUCCUCCCCUGGCUCGAGCUUAGCGGAGAGUCCCGAGGCGGCCGGAGUUGGCUCCACAGCAACUUUGGGACCCGGGACGGCGGGCCUCGGCCAGGGGGUCCCGGCCGUGAGUGGGGCCCUGCGGGAGCUGCUGGAGGCCUGUCGAAAUGGGGACGUGUCCCGGGUGAAGAGGUUGGUGGACGCCGCGAACGUGAAUGCAAAGGACAUGGCUGGCCGAAAGUCUUCUCCCCUGCACUUCGCAGCAGGUUUUGGAAGGAAGGAUGUUGUAGAACACUUGCUGCAGAUGGGUGCUAAUGUCCAUGCCCGUGAUGAUGGGGGUCUCAUCCCACUUCAUAAUGCCUGCUCUUUCGGCCAUGCUGAGGUUGUGAGUCUGUUACUGUGUCAAGGAGCAGAUCCGAAUGCCAGAGAUAACUGGAACUAUACACCUCUGCAUGAAGCUGCCAUCAAAGGGAAAAUUGAUGUCUGUAUUGUGCUGCUGCAGCACGGAGCCGAUCCAAACAUCCGGAACACCGAUGGGAAAUCAGCUCUGGACCUGGCAGAUCCUUCAGCAAAAGCUGUCCUCACAGGUGAAUACAAAAAAGACGAACUCCUAGAAGCUGCUAGGAGUGGUAAUGAAGAAAAACUAAUGGCUUUACUGACUCCUCUAAAUGUGAAUUGCCAUGCAAGUGAUGGGCGAAAGUCCACUCCAUUACACCUGGCAGCAGGCUACAACAGAGUUCGGAUAGUUCAGCUGCUUCUACAGCAUGGUGCUGAUGUCCACGCGAAAGACAAAGGUGGACUUGUACCUCUUCAUAAUGCAUGCUCGUACGGACACUAUGAGGUCACAGAACUGCUGUUAAAGCAUGGGGCUUGUGUUAACGCUAUGGAUCUGUGGCAGUUCACACCACUGCAUGAAGCUGCUUCCAAGAACCGUGUAGAAGUCUGUUCUCUGUUACUUAGUCAUGGUGCCGAUCCAACCUUGGUCAAUUGCCAUGGCAAAAGUGCUGUCGAUAUGGCUCCAACUCCUGAGCUCCGGGAAAGACUGACAUAUGAGUUUAAAGGCCAUUCUUUACUACAAGCCGCCAGAGAAGCAGACCUGGCCAAAGUUAAAAAAACACUUGCUUUGGAAAUUAUUAACUUCAAGCAGCCACAGUCUCAUGAAACUGCAUUGCACUGUGCUGUGGCCUCCUUGCAUCCCAAACGAAAGCAGGUUGCAGAACUGUUACUUAGGAAGGGAGCCAAUGUCAAUGAAAAAAACAAGGAUUUCAUGACCCCUUUGCAUGUUGCAGCUGAAAGAGCUCAUAAUGACGUCAUGGAAGUUCUGCACAAGCAUGGAGCAAAGAUGAACGCACUGGACAGUCUUGGUCAGACUGCUUUGCAUAGAGCCGCCUUAGCUGGCCACCUGCAGACCUGCCGCCUCCUGCUGAGUUAUGGCUCCGAUCCUUCCAUCAUCUCCCUGCAAGGCUUCACAGCAGCGCAGAUGGGGAAUGAAGCGGUGCAGCAGAUUCUGAGCGAGAGUACGCCUAUACGCACUUCAGAUGUGGACUAUCGACUCUUAGAGGCAUCAAAAGCUGGUGACUUGGAAACUGUGAAGCAACUCUGCAGCCCACAGAAUGUGAACUGCAGAGAUCUGGAGGGCCGGCAUUCUACCCCCUUACACUUCGCUGCGGGCUAUAACCGUGUGUCUGUCGUUGAGUACCUUCUACAUCAUGGAGCUGAUGUCCAUGCCAAAGACAAAGGUGGCUUGGUUCCCCUUCAUAAUGCCUGCUCCUAUGGACACUACGAAGUAGCUGAGCUCCUGGUGAGGCACGGGGCUUCUGUCAAUGUGGCGGACUUGUGGAAAUUCACCCCUCUCCAUGAAGCGGCAGCCAAGGGAAAAUAUGAAAUCUGCAAACUCCUUCUGAAACAUGGAGCAGAUCCAACUAAGAAGAACAGAGAUGGAAAUACACCCCUAGAUCUGGUUAAAGAAGGAGACACAGAUAUUCAGGACCUACUGCGGGGGGAUGCUGCUCUGUUGGAUGCUGCCAAGAAGGGCUGCCUGGCCAGAGUGCAGAAGCUUUGUACUCCAGAGAACAUCAACUGCCGAGACACCCAGGGCAGAAAUUCAACUCCUCUCCACCUGGCAGCAGGCUACAAUAACCUGGAAGUAGCUGAGUACCUUCUAGAGCAUGGAGCUGAUGUUAACGCCCAGGACAAAGGAGGUUUAAUCCCACUUCACAAUGCAGCAUCUUAUGGGCAUGUUGAUAUAGCAGCGUUACUGAUAAAAUACAACACAUGUGUCAACGCAACGGAUAAGUGGGCCUUUACUCCCCUUCAUGAAGCUGCCCAGAAAGGACGGACACAGUUAUGUGCCCUGCUCCUCGCACAUGGUGCGGACCCAACCAUGAAGAACCAGGAAGGUCAGACACCUUUAGAUCUGGCAACGGCUGAUGACAUCCGGGCUUUGCUGAUAGAUGCCAUGCCCCCUGAGGCCUUACCUACCUGUUUUAAACCUCAGGCAACUGUAGUUAGUGCCUCUCUGAUCUCACCAGCAUCCACCCCCUCCUGCCUCUCUGCUGCCAGCAGCAUAGAUAACCUCACUGGCCCUUUAGCGGAGCUGGCUGUAGGAGGGGCCUCCAAUGCAGGGGAUGGUGCCGCGGGAGCAGAAAGGAAGGAAGGAGAAGUUGCGGGUCUUGACAUGAAUAUCAGCCAAUUCCUUAAAAGCCUUGGCCUUGAACACCUUCGGGAUAUCUUUGAAACAGAGCAGAUUACGCUAGAUGUACUGGCUGAUAUGGGUCAUGAAGAAUUGAAAGAAAUAGGCAUCAAUGCAUAUGGACACCGCCACAAGUUAAUCAAGGGUGUUGAAAGACUUUUAGGUGGACAACAAGGAACCAAUCCGUAUUUGACUUUUCACUGUGUGAACCAGGGAACUAUUUUGUUAGAUCUUGCUCCAGAAGAUAAAGAAUAUCAAUCAGUGGAAGAAGAGAUGCAGAGUACCAUUCGGGAGCACAGGGACGGUGGGAAUGCUGGCGGCAUCUUCAGCAGAUACAACGUCAUCCGGAUUCAGAAAGUUGUGAACAAGAAGCUGAGGGAGCGAUUCUGUCACAGACAAAAGGAGGUGUCUGAGGAGAACCACAACCAUCACAACGAGCGCAUGCUGUUCCACGGUUCUCCUUUCAUUAAUGCAAUUAUUCAUAAAGGGUUUGAUGAGCGACAUGCAUACAUUGGAGGGAUGUUUGGAGCUGGAAUUUACUUUGCCGAAAACUCCUCAAAAAGCAAUCAGUAUGUUUAUGGAAUUGGAGGAGGAACAGGCUGUCCCACACACAAAGACAGGUCAUGUUAUAUAUGCCACAGACAAAUGCUUUUCUGUAGAGUGACCCUUGGAAAGUCUUUUCUGCAAUUCAGCACCAUGAAAAUGGCUCACGCACCUCCAGGACAUCACUCGGUUAUCGGUAGGCCAAGUGUCAACGGACUGGCGUAUGCUGAAUAUGUCAUCUAUAGAGGGGAGCAGGCAUAUCCAGAAUAUCUCAUCACCUACCAGAUCAUGAAGCCCGAAGCCCCUUCACAGACCGCAACUGCAGCAGAGCAGAAGACCUAGUGAUUGCCCCUGGUAAAGGCCAGCAUGAUUGAAACCUGCAACUGGAUUACAGUGGAUUGCUUCCAACCAAAAAAAAAAAAAAAAUAUCAAUAUUCUCUAAAUCCCAACAGCCAAGAAAUAAGAUGUCUGUCUUUUAUAAAGCAUUGCUAGAGUGACGGUGCAGAGUGGGUCUCUAGCACACUCACCUGCCCUGGUCCCUUUGAGGAAAUGGCUACCAGGCGGCCUUGAACGGGUCUCUGGCCAUUUUUAUUGCAGUUACCCAUUUCUGAAGCAAGAUACUUUGCUCAAGAUGUAGAGAUGGGAAAAGAAUAUGCUGGCCUGCAAGGUCUUGGUUCAUACACUACAUUUUCUUGGUUGUGUUUGGCACAUGUAUAACAGACAAAUGUGAUGGGCUCAUUUUUUUAAUUUUGCCAAACAUAUUUGUUGACGCUUGUUGUUGUUGUUGUCGUCAUUGUUGUUGCUUUGAGAAUGAGCCAGAGUCUUCCUGGGAUAUUUUGCACAGUCACACUGACUAAAAUCAUGAGUGAUGCAGCCGAAGCUUCUGGCUGAACCAGACACUAUUCCCAUGUCCCUGUUGUUAGACUUGUAUCUCUGCUUCUUGUGAACAUAAAGGAAAAGCAGAAAUAUUUAGUUUCCUUUUAUAAACUGUACCAUCUUAAAAGGAAGGCCACAAACAUCUCUUUGACCUAAAAGUCAGAAUCUGCAGGGUUCUCAGGACCAUGCUACAGAUGUCAAAAGAGCACCAGGGAGUUUUAACGGAGGCAGUUAGAACGCCACUUCCCUGGUGGACUGGCUAAAGAGCUGGGAGGGAGGAGCCCAGGGCUGCCGCUGCAGCCAGCAGACCCAGGGAUGUCUCAACAAAUGCUUCACUCUCUGGACCACCAGAAUCGUCUCCCCUGGUGUUCCAAAGUCAGGGUCCCAACAUUUACUCUCCUCUCUCUUUAGUUUAGAAAGCCAGAAUUCAAGCCCUACGUAAUGAAUAUGCACAAAUGCAAGGAUGUUUUGUUUACUCCUGAUCUGGCCUUUAUUUUGAGUAGUAUGUGUCAAAUAGUUUAGAAAGAUCCUGUCUCUCAGUUUUUGAACCAUUUCUUCAAAGCUCCUAACAUAGUUAGACAAAAGUUGAAGCCAAAAGUAGUUUGACCUAUGUUUUUAGAUGCCACUGAUAGAGACACAUUGCUUCAUGAAAGUGCUGCAGGCGCUGCUUGUAAUGGCACUCGCCAAGUGCGUGACGCUGAGCAGAACCACGAUUUCCUUAUGUUCCCUGUGGGCCUUGACUGAGUACUGAGUUGAGCGCAGUGCUCUAUUUAGGUUCUACUCGGCUCUGAAGCAGAAGCCAUGUAAACAGAGGGAAACAAUGUGACAAGUUCACCAUUUCAAUUGGAAGGCUGAAAGCAAUUUUUUUCUAACUUUUUUUAAUGCAAGCAUAUUAAACUGUGACCAUCUUUGUUUCCCUGGUUCUUGAAAUACACAUUUCUCUCUUUUUAUUUAUUUCUGUUAGCUUGAGCCCAGUGCUAGGACUAGGCAUCCAGUCUAGUGUGAAUAUUACAGUUAUAUCUUGAAUGGGUUCCUCAAAAUGAAGUCAAGAAUUAGCCUCUGUUUUCACUUCUGUUGACGUUUCAGUCGCCUGAGCUGGGUGCUUGUGGUUUUGGCUGUGUGUUUAGUAGCAACUCGAGUACCAUGUAAAGCUUCAGAAUUUGAUGUUGGCUCAAAAGCUUUUCUUUUUUUCCUUUCUCUUAACAAAGAGUUGAGGAAAUUAGCAUCUGUGUAGUUUUAGUAGCUGUAAUGUGUAUGUUAUUUGGCCCAACCAGAAUUAGUUUAAAAUGCUAAACACAGUUGAGACUUUAAUUUAGUAUCGAGUUACUAUGGAAUAGUAAAACAAACGAAAACAUGAGCCUCUGACUGACAUAUCACCUCCAGCAACCAACUAGAUUAACCUGGGCCUUACCUUGAGGUCAUCUUGAUUCCCGAAAGCACCAGGGCUGUGUCCCUGUUCUAAGCUGAGUAGACACUGUGACAGGAAGCCUUCUGUAGUGCUAGUCCUCUCGUGGUGACUUACCUAUGACAAAAUGCACAUAAGUGAGCUGUUUAAAAAGAAUCAAUCCUGAAAAAAAGAAAAAAUAAAUGGUCUACAGAGCUAAUAGAUAUUUUCAGAACUUGAAAACCAAUGGUAUCAUGAGUGUAUUCAAGUUGGCAAAAAGGUGAUUGUUUAGGAUUUCCUUGUACAGCAACAUAAAAUAUAAAAGAGGCCUCUGGACUAGAAACGCUUGGCA